GGAGUGAGAUACAGACACAGCCGGAGGGAAGAGAGUCAGUGAGAGUGAGACGGGGAAUGUGAAAGACCGAGAGAGAGUCACACUCAGCGCUGUUAGAGGCAUCGAGCGCAUCGUAACCCCUCCGGCUCACUGUCUGCCGUCUCCCUGCUCUGGACUUGAGGGGCUGAUGGUUGAUGUGAGUGUGGCACUGCCACAGCAAGUGCCACCUUCUGCCAUCCCCAUGGACCUGCGUGUUGAUCACCAGUUCGCCCUGGCGCCGACGGACCCGGCCCAGCGUGAGCAUCAGCUUCAGCAGGAGCUUCUGGCCCUCAAGCAGAAACAGCAGAUCCAGAGGCAGCUCCUGAUCGCAGAGUUUCAGCGGCAGCACGAGCAGCUCUCACGCCAACAUGAAGCGCAACUGCAGGAGCAUGUGAAGCAUCAGCAGGACCUUCUGGCCCUGAAACAUCAGCAGGAGCUCCUGGAACACCAGCGGAAGUUGGAGCGUCAUCGUCAAGAACAGGAGAUGGAGAAACAGCAGCGGGAACAGAAGCUCCAGUUACUCAAAAACAAAGAACGCGGACAAGAGAGCGCUGUGGCGAGCACUGAGGUGAAGAUGAGGUUGCAGGAGUUUGUCCUCAACAAGAAGAAAGCGCUGGCCCAGAGGAGCCUCAACCACUGCCUGUCCAGUGACCCGCGCUACUGGUACGGGAAAACCCAGCACAGCUCCCUGGACCAGAGCUCACCACCUCAGACAGGGAUUUCCACUUACAACCACCAGUUGCUGGGAAUGUACGACCCCAAAGAUGACUUCCCGCUCCGCAAGACAGCAUCUGAGCCUAACCUGAAGCUACGAUCCAGGCUGAAGCAGAAAGUUACAGAGCGCAGGAGUAGCCCGUUGCUUCGGCGGAAAGAUGGGCAGGUCACCACUGCAAAGAAACGCUCUCUGGACAUGGCAGAAUCGGCUUGCAGCAGUGCUCCUGGUUCUGGUCCAAGUUCACCCAACAACAGUUCAAACAACAUUACCAAUGAGAACGGCAUCGCUGGAUCCAUCUCCAACAGUCCAAUGGAGCCAUCUUUGGCACACAGACUCGCCGGCAGAGAGGGUCCUGUUAGCCAGCUGUCUCUGUACACAUCGCCCUCCCUUCCCAACAUCACCCUGGGCCUGCCAGCCACCGGCCCUUCCAGCAUGGCAUCCGGCCAGCAGGAUGGUGAGAGAAUGGCAGUGCCAGGAAUACCCAUAACCACUCCGUUCAUGCCAGGAGCCCACCUGCCGUCUUACCUGACUGCUUCCUCCUUAGAGCGGGAGAGCGGCUCGGCACACAACACACUCCUCCAGCAUAUGGUGCUUCUGGAGCAGUCCGCCGCUCAGAACUCCCUCGCAGGCCUGGGUGGCUUGCCCCUGCAGUCCCAUCCCAUCCAUAAGCUCCGGCAGCAUCGGCCCCUCGGACGCACGCAGUCGGCCCCCCUGCCCCAGAACGCCCAGGCGCUGCAGCAGCUGGUGGUUCAACAGCAACACCAGCAGUUCCUGGAAAAACACAAGCAACAGUUCCAGCAGCAGCAGCUUCACAUCAGCAAGAUGAUGGCUAAGCCGAACGAGCCGGGCCGACAGCACGAGAGCCACCCGGAGGAGACGGAGGAGGAGCUGAGGGAGCACCAGGGGCUGGGAGACUCCUCCGAGGGUCUUCCUCACGGGGUCAUCGUCAAACAGGAACCUCUGGAUGAACAGGACGAAGAGUUUUCGCAGAGAGAGAGACAAGCUGAGGAAGAGCUGCUGUUCAGACAGCAAGCUCUCCUGUUGGAGCAACAGAGGAUCCAUCAGCUGAGGAACUAUCAGGCGUCCAUGGAGGCGGCCGGACUGUCUGUGACCUUCCCAGGCCAUCGGCCCCUGUCCAGGGCACAAUCGUCCCCAGCCUCGGCGACCUUUCCCAUUGUGGUCCAGGAACCAGCAGCCAAACCACGCUUUACCACCGGACUGGUGUACGACACCCUGAUGCAGAAACACCAGUGCAUGUGUGGAAACAGUAACAUCCACCCCGAGCACGCCGGACGCAUCCAGAGCAUCUGGUCUCGACUGCAGGAGACAGGACUGCGCGGCCAGUGUGAGUGUAUUCGAGGCAGGAAAGCCACUUUGGAGGAGCUGCAGACGGUCCACUCUGAAGCCCAUGUGCUGCUCUAUGGAACCAACCCACUCAGACAAAAACUGGACAGUUCAGUGACUCCCAUGUUCGUGAGACUGCCGUGCGGAGGAAUCGGGGUUGACAGUGACACUAUCUGGAAUGAAGUUCACUCGUCCAGUGCUGCUCGUCUGGCUGUGGGAUCUGUGGUGGAUCUGGUCUUUAAGGUGGCUUCGGGAGAGUUGAGGAACGGCUUUGCUGUGGUUCGACCUCCAGGACACCACGCUGAGGAGAGCACUCCCAUGGGAUUUUGCUAUUUCAACUCGGUCGCCAUUGCAGCCAAACUCUUACAGCAGAGACUCAACGUCAGUAAGAUUCUCAUUGUGGACUGGGAUGUUCACCAUGGCAACGGGACUCAACAGGCCUUCUACAGUGACCCUAAUAUCCUGUAUCUGUCUCUCCAUCGCUACGAUGAUGGGAACUUCUUCCCCGGCAGCGGAGCCCCCGAUGAGGUGGGCAUCGGUCCAGGCGUGGGCUUUAACGUGAACAUGGCAUUCACCGGAGGUCUGGAGCCGCCCAUGGGGGACACGGAGUAUCUGGCAGCAUUCAGGACGGUGGUGAUGCCUAUUGCGAAUGAGUUUGCUCCGGACGUGGUGCUGGUUUCUUCAGGCUUCGACGCUGUGGAGGGCCACCAGCCUCCUCUGGGAGGGUACAAACUCACAGCCAAAUGUUUUGGCUACCUGACCAAGCAGCUGAUGGGACUGGCCGGCGGCCGGCUGGUGCUCGCGCUGGAGGGGGGUCACGACCUCACCGCCAUUUGCGAUGCCUCCGAAGCAUGUGUUUCUGCUUUACUUGGAAUCGAGUUGGAUCCUCUUCCUGAAGACGUGCUUCAACAGAGGCCGAACCCCAAUGCCAUUCACUCCAUGGAGAAAGUUCUGGAAGUCCAGAGUAAAUACUGGCGCUCGCUGGAGCGAUCUGCCUCAACUCUGGGCUACUCUCUGCUGGAGGCUCAGAGAUGUGAAACCGAAGAAGCAGAGACGGUGACCGCCAUGGCAUCCCUGUCUGUGGCCAACAAGCACAUGGGGAAGAGGACGGAGGAGGAGCCUAUGGAAGAGGAACCUCCAUUGUAGAAGGUCCGCUCGAAUGCCUUGGUGACCCUCUCAGCUCGGAGCCUCUUCAAGGCCUCUGACGUCACUCUACUCUCUCCAUCCGUUUCAUUUUUUGUCCCGCGAUGUGCGCACUUUGAGCACGGGAUCCGAAACGGCCUGAGGAAAUCUCCGUGACACCCAGAGUGCGACAAACGUCUCAGCCGUGUUAGUCUCUGUCCGUGGCAGCAAGUCCGGGAUUGUGCAUCCUGGUCUGUCCACAGGGACAUUCAACAUUCGAGCAGGACAUAGACUCAUGUUUCAUUGUUAGAUGUGAGAGCUGGUGCUUUCGACAUGAACUCUUUUUUUUUUUUUUUUUCGAUAUUUUCCAGAGCCACUAUAGUCCACGUGAUUGAUUUCGGCUGUGGGGUCUCGUUGCGGCCUGCGUCUUUUUUUAUUUGUUGUUUGUCUGUUUUUCUUUUUGGUUUUGGGAGAAAAAAAAGUGACUCGUUCCAUUCUCCAUCCGAGUUCCCGCUUCUGACAUUCAUGACGAGAGACCCGCGAGGGUGUGGACGGAUGUGACUGUGAGAGAGGGCGAAGGAUUCUGGGAAGCCCUGAGAGUGACAAUUUGAGUUCGUGCCUUCGAAAAAAGAGUUUCCGUGACGGAUCGAGAAGAACAUUGCCUUAAACUAGUUACAGGAGGGGAAGACGUUUCGCCGCCUCGGUUUUUCUUGUCGCAAGGCUGGCCUAAAGAAUGGAGAAACCCUCAGCAUGUUUACCAGGAACUCCCUGCAGAUAUCUUCAUGUUUCACAUGCAUUAUGACCUGUUUUAUGUUCCUUCAUUUUUAACUGUGCUUGUGUUGGAUGUUACAUGACUGACAAGCGAACUUUAAGGUAGUUGCCAGCCAUCCAAGGGCGAAAUUUAGUUGAAUUCUCCAACGCUUUAGAAGGCAAGCCAAUGUAGCGACUCAUUUCAACUCUAACGACCAAAUACGCACCUCUUCCUCCGACGAAGAAGAAAGGUUGACCAGCAUGCAGCUUUCCAUCUGCCAAGUUAGGAAUUCAAGCGUCGUAGAUUAGCGGCGCCGACUAGCAUGAGUUUGCUGUUAACCCACUAGCCGCGAGCAUAUAGGAUAGGGCUGCGAUGACCACGCGUCAUACGAUUUGUAGUUAGAGACAAACUUUCUAUUUUUCCUUCUCUCGACAUGUUGUACUUUUAUAUAGCUAUGAAUGUCUGGUUUACUUUACAGUUAAUCAAAGGGCACUAGCGUAUCACUACUAUUAUGCGACUCAGCAGACGGUCAGUUUUAUUGGAAAAGGGCUGGUUACCGGUUAUUUUAAACGUACCACUGAGCCUUCAGACGUGCCACCUGGUCAGAUUUAGCGCUGGUUUCCUGCCGAGGAGGGUUUACGGCGGGGGGCCUUUCACUAAGGGGGGGCAGGUGCUACUGAACAUGUGCUCGUCACAUGACACAAUCCAGGAAGUAGCGGGACCACCAGCUUCCACUCUGAAAACAAUCGUAAACGAAGACUGUGAUACUCAGACAAUCUGCAUGGGACAUUGACAUAGUCGCCGGCGCUUCGAAAUGGCACAUAGAAUUGUAUAUAUAUAUACGCAAUUAUGCAUGCUGACAAGUAGAUCAUUUGGCUUGACUUUGAUUGUACAUUGAAUUUUAUUCGAUUCUGGACUGAUGAGGAGGCGAUGAUUUGUUUGACAACCCCUGCCUCUCGGCAACUACCUUUGGCAUUCUUUUUCUGUGUGUCAUGUUCAAUACGAGACUCAUUAAGGCGGGAGAUUUGACUCACCGUCGCCAUUGUUCCUCGACUUCAUUUUUGUAUAUGCCUGUCACGUAUGACUACUCCACUUUGGGUUCGUGCCCGUUGUUUUCUUGUCCGUUUUUCUUUUGCCUUGUGAGCUCACUUGUCCCGUUUAUUAUUAUUUUUUUGUACUUUUUGGAUUAUGUACUUGUUCAUUUGUCAGUCCUUAUGUAGUUGACAAUGUGUUUUACAUGCUCGAGUCUUUAGUUUCUUGUUUUAGAGAGUGACAAGCCUUUUUUUAAGUUGUUUUAUCUUGUUUUUUGUAUGCGGUGGGAGGGAGAUGCUUUUACUUUGUAUAAUGAUUACGACAAUUGUGUAUUUACUACGUUCUGUUCAUAGUAGAUUUAUAUUUCAAAGAUCUAUAGAUAUAUUAUAUAUUAUAAAGAUUGCAAAGUGAUAUAUUUCAGUACAUGGUCUGGCUCCACUGAAGGCACUGUUUAUUGGUUUCAUGCAUCCACAGUAGCAUUACUCUGGCGCCGUAAACUCUUGAUCAAACGGAUCUUUGCGGUUCCAGGCUUCAGUUUGACGGAGUGCUUUCUAAACUCUCAUACGAAAGUCCCGUGGAAAAAUAUUAUUGACUGACACUGUACAUUUCAAUUGGUAAAAGUCCAUUUGGAUAGACCAAGUAGAGUAGAUACUGACAGUGAUCUUAAAUGGAUUUCAUUUUGAAUUAUUUUAAACUGUCAAGAACACAUCCGGGUCAUGUUACACCCUAAAAUCAAAGGAAAGGAUGUAGUAAAUCGCAUUUUGCCACAAGAACACAAAGCAACACUGGCUCAGCCAAUGGCGUGAGUUUGGGGUUUGUUCGACCAAUGGCGGACGGAGAGUUUCCAAAAGAAUUGUUUGAAAAUAAUUAUCAUAAGAUUGUGCAGAAAUGUAAUAUAAUGAAAUAUACAAUCAUUUAAUAAAAAUUAACGAAAUUACCAAAUAGUAUAAAUUAUGAUAUGAAAAUAUGCUUAAUUGACUUUUUAAAUAAGCAUUUUCUUAAUGCAAAAUAUCUCUUAUUUACCUCCUUUUGAUUUUAGGGUGAAACGCAACCUGGACAUGACUUUGUGAAAAUGUAAGCGUUUUAUUUAUAUGCGGUCACUCUUGGGACUCUUAUGUUUUGUAAAAUCUGCAUCUUGUUACUCUUUCUGAGCUAUUUUUUGGGCAUUUUUGCAGGAUCAUAUCAAAACCAAGUCCAUCAAGUGUCUUCUGACUUUACUUUCAAGAAUGAAGUGCGAAGGCUGACAUUGAUUUGAAAGUUGAAAUAUAAAGCGACAUAAUCAAACCGGACAGCCGUCAAACUCACAGAUCACUUUACGGUAAUACAAACGGCAGCCUUUCGAAAGCUUUGUCAAAGGGACUCUUAUCUGGUUCACCCGGAUAGUCAUUUUCUUUGCUCUUGUUUUACGUAAAAAAAACGAACUGCAUUCCAUUUGGUUUCCCAAUCUUCUUUUUUCGUUUUACCUUUCUUGUCAUUCCUGCUAAUUUGCCAUGAGGUCUGGCCUGAGCAGUUGUUUAUUUGAAGGCCAGGGUGAAGUUUCUUUUAUUCUCUUUCCUUCACAGCUGUAGAUUUCUGCAUGGUUUGUGCGUCAGCAUGCCUGUCUGUCCUUGUAACAUAUUUGCACAAAGGAGGAACACGGGAGGGUCGAGGCUUUGGAGAACGCAUGGGAUGGAAGCUCUUCUUUCCUCCUCUGUUUCUGGUCAGUACGCAGACGGAAUGAUGCUCUUGGUGUCCGACGGAUGUGCUUUUUACUUGUUUAAAAAAGGAAUGAAAGAAAAAUGACUUUUAAAUAUUUUACAACAACAAGAAGAAGAAAGUUAUCUAGCACUUGUGACAUACAGACUAUAGACUUUAUUGUAUUUAUGUAGAGCAUUGUUUUAGGUGAACUACACACUACGUCACACUUUAGACUGUUUGUGUGACUUCUUUUGCUUUCUUUUCUCGUUGGUUUUUUUUUUCUACUCUUCCUAAGGAUUUGUUUUUGAGGCUGGAGGAAGACUAGGAAAAGAUUAGGGUCAUUCCUUUAGAAACAUCUGGAAUCAUCAAAGGGCUUUUUUCCAGAUGUUUGUCAGAAAUCUCUUCAGUUUGUCCAAAAGGAGGAAAGAAAAAACACUUAUCAGCCAGUAAUACCUGUGACCACUGUGGCUCGAGAACAGUUCUAGGUUUACAAAAUGUAAGAAAUGCAUAUUAUUUUUGUCACUUUGUUUUUCCAUUGUUACAAUAGAACUUUUCUUGGGACCUUUGCUCUAAUGUUUGUCUUUGACAUCAACUAUAAAGUACCUUGUUUUUGAAUACCA